GAAUGAGUUGCAGACAUACGAUAUAUAACAAUAGUCUACGAUGAGAGUACCGGUAUUCACAACAUUCGUUACAAUAUUUUUAAUUGUUGCUACUACAAGCGGAACAUUGUCACCCCGUCAAAACAGAGUCAAGAAAAUUAAAAAGGGUCCGGUAGAUACUGAUGUUUAUGAAAGAGGUUUAGUGUUUGAAGAUCUCUCCGCCAAAGAUAUAAUCGACGAAGCUCAUACGUAUUACAAAGAUACUGGAAUCAAGAGAUUUCCUGGUGCAGUCCUGGGUUAUGUCACACCGUGGAAUAAUCAUGGAUAUGAUGUGGCAAAAACUUUUGGUGCUAAAUUCACACUAAUAUCUCCCGUCUGGCUGCAAAUUACUCGUAACGAUGGCAGAUCGUAUGACAUGCCCACACACGAUGUCGACAAGGGGUGGAUGAAAGCUGUGCGAAAGGCCAACAAUGCCAAUCAUACGAUCAACAUUUUACCAAGGGUAAUGUUGAAGCAAUGGACACCUAGUGACAUAAAGUUACUGUUAUCCAAUUCUCAAGAGCAGAAUCAGUUAGCAAAGAUGCUCACUGAUACUGCUAAGGCUUUUCACUUUGAUGGCUAUGUUCUUGAAAUAUGGAAUCAGCUCGUUGCCACAAGAGCAGACUAUUCUAUAAUCAUCCGACUAAUAAAAUCAAUUGCCAAACAGCUAAAGCAAUACAAUCUGGCAUUAAUUUUAGUCAUUCCACCAUCCAGAGGAGUACCAGAAGAAAUUUUUGAUCACAAGCACUUUGAUGAGCUAGCGGACGAUGUCUCAGCUUUUUCUCUCAUGACUUACGAUUAUUCUAAUGUGCAGCGACCAGGACCAAAUAGCCCCAUUGAUUGGGUGCGCCAGUGCGUAGAACGAUUAUUACCAGAUGCCCGUGAUCCAAGGAGAGCUCAAAUUUUACUUGGGCUCAAUUUCUAUGGGAAUGACUAUACCAUUGAUGGGGGUGGACCUAUUGUAGGACAUCAGUAUUUAAACCUGCUCCAAAGUUACAAAGGAAAACUCAAGUGGGAUAAUUCCAGUGCUGAGCAUUUCUUCAGUUUUAAAGCCACAAAUGGACGUCACUUAGUAUUCUACCCAUCUUUGCUGUCGAUAAAUUCAAGGAUUAAUCUUGCCAACGAGUUGAGAACUGGCAUUUCUAUCUGGGAAUUGGGACAGGGUUUAGACUUUUUUUAUGAUUUACUAUGAUUUGGGCCAUUUAGAGUUCUCCAACAAUAAAGCGAAUACGCAGCAAAA